AUGACAACUCUUGUUCCUGCAACCCUCUCCUUCUUUCUCCUCUGGACCCUGCCAGGGCACGUACUUCUCAGGGUGGCUUUGGCAAAAGAAGAAGUCAAAUCUGGGACCAAGGGGUCACAGCCCAUGUCUCCCUCUGAUUUCCUGGACAAGCUUAUGGGACGUACUUCUGGAUAUGAUGCCAGGAUUCGUCCCAAUUUUAAAGGCCCACCCGUGAAUGUGACCUGCAACAUCUUCAUCAACAGUUUCGGCUCCGUCACCGAGACCACCAUGGACUACAGGGUGAAUGUCUUCCUGCGGCAGCAAUGGAAUGACCCACGCCUGGCCUACCGAGAAUAUCCUGAUGACUCUCUGGACCUCGAUCCCUCCAUGCUGGACUCUAUUUGGAAACCAGACUUGUUCUUUGCCAAUGAGAAAGGGGCCAACUUCCAUGAAGUGACCACAGACAACAAGUUACUGCGUAUCUUCAAGAAUGGAAAUGUGCUCUACAGCAUCAGGUUGACCCUCAUCUUGUCCUGCCCGAUGGACCUCAAGAACUUCCCCAUGGACAUCCAGACAUGCACAAUGCAGCUGGAGAGCUUUGGCUACACCAUGAAUGACCUCGUGUUUGAGUGGCUGGAAGAUGCUCCUGCUGUCCAAGUGGCUGAGGGGUUGACUCUGCCCCAGUUUAUCUUGCGGGAUGAGAAGGAUCUAGGCUAUUGUACCAAGCACUACAACACAGGGAAAUUCACCUGCAUUGAGGUAAAGUUUCACCUGGAACGGCAGAUGGGCUACUAUCUGAUUCAGAUGUACAUCCCCAGUCUACUCAUCGUCAUCCUGUCCUGGGUCUCCUUCUGGAUCAACAUGGAUGCUGCCCCUGCCCGCGUGGGCCUAGGCAUCACGACCGUGCUCACCAUGACAACCCAGAGCUCUGGUUCCCGGGCCUCUUUGCCUAAGGUAUCCUAUGUGAAGGCGAUCGACAUCUGGAUGGCGGUGUGCCUGCUCUUCGUAUUUGCUGCCCUGCUGGAGUACGCUGCUGUCAAUUUUGUCUCUCGUCAGCAUAAGGAAUUCAUGAGACUUCGAAGAAGGCAGAGACGCCAACGCAUGGAGGAAGAUAUCAUCCGAGAAAGUCGCUUCUAUUUUCGUGGCUAUGGCUUGGGCCACUGCCUGCAGGCAAGGGAUGGUGGUCCAAUGGAAGGUUCUGGCAUUUAUAGCCCCCAACCUCCAGCCCCUCUUCUAAGAGAGGGAGAAACCAUGCGAAAAGUCUACGUGGACCGAGCCAAGAGAAUUGACACCAUCUCCCGGGCUGUCUUCCCUUUCACUUUCCUCAUCUUUAACAUCUUCUACUGGGUUGUCUAUAAAGUGCUACGGUCAGAAGAUAUCCAUCAGGCACUGUAAAUAGGGUGGGGUUUAAAGAGGCCAGUUGCUGGCUUCUUACUUCCUCCUGGGUGGACUUUCCCAAUCCAUUAGACCCCAUCAGGGGCUCAAACAGUUCCUCCCUGAUCUCCUACUCAGACCUUUAACUAUCAGUCCCAAAGCUAUACGGACCUAGCCUGCAUGAUGCCAAUGGUGGCAGUACAAAGAUGACUUGUCUACCCUAAUCCAGAUUUUCUCCAUAUUCUCCCAUUUCUCAAGAGACUAAGGUCUAGCCACAUUUCUGGGGGCAUGAUGACCUUCUGCCCUGGCUGGAGACUCUGUUUUCUAGUACUCCAGUGGACAGUACAUACCUCUGCUACUAGAUUCUGGUGUCUGUCAUCUUAAUAUGUGCCACUUCUCACUCUGCCACCUCCCACUCAGAGUCAGGCCUUUACUUUGCCCUCUGUCCCUCCUACUGCAGG